CAUACAUAUUUAAACUUCAUUUCCAUAUAUGUCAGUAUAGUCUAUAAGUUCGCGGAACAAUUGUCUCGAGCCAGAACCGAACCCAGAACCUGAGGUCGUUUAUUACUUCUAUAGUUUACACUUCUUUUAUGGUGAUGCCAGAAGCUACUAGCAACUCCACAUGUGUAAGUCCCCGGAGCAGCGGACCAGCCACCCAUCGUCGCCGUGCCUUUGAUCUUCUAACGGAACCUGAUGAUGAAGUUGAAGUGUUCCACCGCCGUGAGUUUCUAGUGGAAGAGUACAUGACAGGGUUGUGCAAGUUAUUGAGUUCAAGAAAGAAUGCGAGCCGUUGGAUUGUGGGAAUGUUGAUGGUGGUGAUGAUGAUGAUAAUGUUUUUGAAGAUUUGGGUGAUGAUGGAGAGUGAUUAUAAUGAUGUGGGAAUGAUUAGUGGUGGGAAAAGUAGUAGAAGAUUGUUUGCUAUUCAGACAUGGGCUAAUUAUCAUCAAAAUGUAAUUUUGUCGAAACCAGAGGAGAUUAAGAGCUCAUUAGUGCCAUCCAUGCCUCAGAGAGUUCUGGAGAAGUACCCUGUUCCAGAAAUCUGGAUGAAACCAGAGAGUGAUGAUUACUAUCAAUGCAUUAGCCGGCAAAAUAAUAGAACAAGGACCAGAACUGCAACAAAUGGUUAUAUUUUGGUUCAUGCAAAUGGGGGACUGAAUCAAAUGAGAACAGGAAUAUGUGACAUGGUUGCAAUUGCAAAAAUUAUGAAUGCAACUUUGGUUCUUCCUUCCCUUGAUCAUGAAUCCUUCUGGACGGAUCCAAGUGAUUUUAAAGACAUUUUUGAUUGGAAGCAUUUCAUCGAUGUCUUAAAAGAUGACAUUGAUAUAAUUGAAUCGUUGCCACCACACUUAGCAGCGAAGAAGCCCUAUCUGAAGGCUCCAGUCUCAUGGUCUAAGGCAAGUUACUACAGAGGAGAAAUGGUGUCAUUGUUGAAAAAGCAUAAGGUGAUCAAGUUUACACAUACUGAUUCGCGGCUUGCUAACAAUGGCAUUCCAGGCUCUAUUCAGAGGCUUAGAUGUCGUUCCAACUAUGAGGCUCUUCGGUACACACAAGGGAUAGAAGACCUCGGAAAGAUAUUGGUUGAUCGACUUAAGAAGGAAGACGAGCUGUAUAUUGCUCUACAUUUAAGAUAUGAGAAAGACAUGCUUGCAUUUACAGGCUGCAGCCACAAUCUCACUGCAGAUGAAACCGAGGAACUUCGUGCUAUGAGGUACAAUGUGAAGCACUGGAAAGAGAAGGAGAUAGACAGUAAGAAGAAAAGAAUGACUGGUGGGUGCCCAAUGUCCCCAAGAGAGGCAGCUUUUUUCCUCAAAGCCAUGGGCUAUCCUUCCUCUACAAAGAUAUACAUUGUUGCGGGGGAAACUUUUGGAAGUAACAGCAUGGAUGCAUUCAGAUUAGAGUAUCCUAAUGUUUUCACACACUCUACUCUAGCCACAAAGGAUGAGAUAGAGCCUUUUAAGCAUUACCAGAAUCGCCUUGCUGCUUUAGAUUAUAUUGUAGCAUUGGAAAGUGAUGCAUUUGUUUACACCUAUGAUGGUAACAUGGCAAAAGCAGUGCAGGGUCAUAGGAGGUUUGAAGGCUUCCGGAAGACGAUCAACCCUGAAAGAUUAAACUUUGUACGAAUGAUAGAUCAGUUGGAUGAGGGUAAUAUAACUUGGAAAGAGUUUUCCUCGGAGGUGAAGAGCUUGCACUCAGACAGACUUGGGACUCCAUAUCUUAGACAGAGAGGUGAAACACCAAGGCUGGAGGAGAAUUUUUAUGCAAACCCUUUACCUGGUUGUGUUUGUCAGAGAUCUGAGAAGAAACUCAGUAGCAGACGAGAUUACAGAAUACCAAAACGAAAUGCUGCUGCACGGAGAUAGAAUUUUGUUUUUUGUCACAGAUACAUGUAACGACUUCUGUAAAAUUUACUUGAGCCGAGGAUGCAGCGUAGUCACAGGGUAACACUCAUUCUUUUUGUACAUAUAAAGAGGAAGAUACAAGAAAAUUUUAAAAUUAGGUAGAAAAGAUUUAUGCUCA